AUGGCACCACGACGCCCGAUCCGGAUCGGUAACUGUUCUGGUGCAAUCAAUGACGGCAUAGACCAGAUCUACCGUCUCGCAAAGUACGGCGAUGUCGACGCCAUCACAGCCGACUACCUCGCCGAGUUCAACAUCGCAUGGAAGGCCAUAGAGCAGCAAUCGCGACCAGACCUAGGAUAUGAACCCAACUUCCUCGAGCAGCUCGCCUGGCAGAACGGCGAAGCAGCACGCCUCGUCGCGGAAAAGCGCAUCAAGAUCGUUCACGACGGAGGUGCGCUGAACCCCCGGGGGCUGGCCGAACGAGCAGACGCAUACUUCAAGAGCCUUGGCAUCCGUGAUGUCAAGGUGGCCUGGGUGAGCGGUGACAAUGUGACGGAUGCUGUCAAACGCGGCGCGUUCGGGCGAGUCAUGCACCUCGACCAGCCCGGCGUCGAGUUUGAUCCUCGCACUGAGAGUGCCGACGGCGAAAACCCACUCCUUGUCGCCAAUGCGUACACGGGAUACGCGGGCAUCCUGAGGGCUCUUCAGGCCGGGGCGGAUAUCGUCGUGUGCGGGCGAUGCACGGAUGCCAGUCCCGUCAUGGGCCUCGUGGCGUGGUGGCACGGGUGGAAGGGGACGGAGUACAACGAGCUCGCGGCGAGUCUGAUGGCCGGGCAUUUGAUCGAGUGCGGGCCGUAUGUGACCGGAGGCAACUAUUGCGGCCAGCGUGAGGUGCCGAACCUCCACCACGCCGGGUUCCCGAUUGCGGAGAUCGCGGCUGAUGGCGGUGUUGUCAUCACGAAGCCGGAGGGGUCUAAUGGACUCGUAUCUGUUGAUACGUGCAAAGCGCAGCUGUUGUACGAGAUUCAGGGGGCGUUCUACCUCAACCCGGACGUCAUCGCUGAUAUUGAGAAUGCGACUUUUACCCAAAUCUCGAAAGAACGAAUUCGACUGUCUGGUAUUAAGGGGCUUCCGCCGCCUCCCACGGCCAAGUUGGCCAUUUGCUUGCUGGGCGGCUAUCAAGCCGAGAUAUCUGCCUAUGCGGCUGGUCUCGACACCGACUUCAAGUUUGAAGUGCUUAAGAACCAGGUCAUGGGGCAAAUCAAGCAGUCGGACUUCACAACUUUCACCAUAGACAAGUACGGUUCAGCAGCGCCGGAUCCACGGUCGCAGAAAGCCUGCACCGUACAAUUCCGGAUGUUCGCCCAAUCACCCAAGAAGGAGGCUUUUGAGCAGUUCAAACGGGCGGUAUUUUACAACGGGUUACAGGGCUAUUGUGGCCUCCAUUUGGGGAUGGAUUGGCGUACGAUGGAGCCCCGGCCGUACGUACGAUAUUUCCCGGCGCUGAUUCCGCAGGCGAGAAUCCCUCUGUCUGUAAAUUUUGUCGAUGGCGAGCAGGAUGUCACAGCUGAGCCGAGAUUGGAGAGAGAAUGCGGAUCAAUACCGCGGCAGCACGAUUAUGAUUCUCCAGUUCCUCUAGCCAAGUUGUCUUUGAAGAAGACGGCGAGGAGACCGCUGGGAGAUCUUGUGUUCGCGAGAAGCGGUGACAAAGGCGGCAACGCAAACGUUGGCUUUUGGGUACGAGACAAGUCAGCUUGGCCAUGGCUUCAAGCAUUCUUUACCAAACAGAAGUUCAUAGAGUUGCUGGGAGAUGACUGGCAUGACAGAUAUGUGGUCGAGAGAUGCGAGUUUCCGGGGCUAUGGGCGGUGCAUUUUGUAGUCAAGGGGAUCUUACAAGACGGCGUCAGUAGCAGCAGCGUGCUGGACGGGUUUGCGAAGAGCUUUGGCGAGUUUCUGCGAGCGCGGAUUGUUGAUCUGCCCCUGGACUUGGUGAAUACGGAAGACCAGCGGAAGAGGACGGCUGAGAAGUCCGCACAACAGGCCAGAUUAUGA